AUGGGUUGGUUUUCAUCUUCAUCUUCUGACGACAUGUCAAGAACCGACGAGAACAAUCUACCCGCUCAACAACAGCAGCAAGAAACCCAAAAACAAUUAACAAAUUAUUCAACAGGUCAAAAAAUCUUACUACAAGAUACACCCCCAAAAUUCAAUGAUUCUAAAGAACCAGAUUCAAACCCAAAUUCAAUAGAUUCACAAACGUUAAAACAAGCUUGGAAUUCAAUCCAAUGGAAAGAUUUCAAUCUAGAAAAAUUAUCAUCAAUUCCAUGCUUUAGAGACUCUACAAUGGUAGGAUUCUCAACAAUGUUCAUAACAUCAUCAAUAAUAUUCAUAUAUAGUAAAAAUCCCAUAAAAGCUACCAAUUGGGGGUUGGGGUCUUUAAUAUUGGGUUCCAUGGUAGGUUGGGAACAAUGUAGAUUGAAAAGAAAACAUAGUUUCCAAAUUGCUCAAUUGGCUAUAAAUACAGUGAAAGCAAAGGAAAAACCAAUGAUGAAUAAAAUUAAUCAUGAUGAAAGAUUAAUAACUCAAUGGGAAAACAACGCAAAAACUGAGACCUUAGUAGCUUCAAAAAAGAAAUGGUAUCAAUUCUGGUAG